GUCGCCUACCGCCGGCGCCGGGGCGCCCGGCAGGCCUGCGCGGCGGAGGGCCCUGCGCUGCGGGCCAGCGCACCAGCGGUGGGCGGCGGCGGCGGGGCUGAGGCCAGGGCGCGGGCGCGGGACAGCCAGGCGGGCGGCGAGGCUGCGACCAGCGAGGGCACGGCGCGCCGCGCGGAGGUGGAGGAGGAGGAGGACGACGACGACAGGGACGAGGUGAGCUGCCGCAUCUGCCGGCAGGGCGAGGAGGCCGGGAAGCUGUACUGCCCGUGCCGCUGCGCCGGGAGCAUCAAGUGGAUCCACGGGUCGUGCCUGCAGCACUGGCUGCAGCGGCAGGGCCGCCACCCGCGCUGCGAGCUGUGCGGGCACUCCUUCGAGUUCGUGCCGGUCUACGCAGAGCACGCCCCCCUGAGGCUGACGCUGGCGGACUGGGCCGGGGCGCUGGCGGCCUCCGCCUGCGCUCACGCCUGCCGCCUCGCGCGCGUCGCGGGCGCGGGGGCGCUGUGGGGCGUGGCCCUGCCGCUGCUCACCGUCUGCGGCGCGCGGGGCAUGUACGUGGGCCAGGCCGAGGCCCCCGCGGGGGCCGCGGCGGCGGCCCCGCCGGCCGGCGGCGCGGCGCCGGCGGGGGCGCCGCGGGAGCACGGCGCGGACUCGCGCGAGGAGGCCGCCGCGGGGGUGGCCGCUGCCGCGGCGUCGCCUCGCGAGGCCGCGCCGCCUCCGAGCGUGGAGGACGAGGGCCUGGCGGACCCGGAGGAGGAGUUCUGGAACAUCAUCGGCCUGCAGGGCGGCCUGUGGCGCCCCCUGCUGUGCAUGGGCGUGCUGCUGUGCAGCAACGUCCUGGGCAUCCUCGUCUUCCUGGCGCUGCCGUUUUUCCUCGGCCGCCUCGUCGUCGGGCUCGCGCCGCCCCUCCCCUCGCCGGGCGCCGCCUGGGCGCUGGCGCGCGCGCAGGGCCUCGCGGGGGCGUCGCCGCCUGUUGUGGGCUCUGCGGCGGCCAGCAGGUCGCUGCCCGCGCCAGGCCAGCACCUGCUGGCGGACGCGGGCCUCGUGGUGGCGGGGUACGUGUCGCUGCUGGCGUCCGUGCCCAUCCUCAUCUCCGCGCUGCUGCUGUGCGCGGCGCUGGAGCGGAGCGGGGCCCGGGGCGCCGGCCGGGCGGCCGCCGCGCGGCGGAGCCUCGCGGCGCUGGGCGCCGCGCUGCUCGCCAGGCUGGAGAUGCUGGCCGCGGGCCUCGUGCUGUUGGUGCUGCUGCCCUGCUACGUCGGGCACGUCGUGGUGUGCUCCCUUGCGGGCCCCGUCCUCCACCUGUCGCACCACGCCCGGGCGUCGCUGACCAAUGCGAACAUGCUCGUGGCGCUGACGAUGCAGCUGCUGGUGGGCUACGCCCACCUCUGGGGCGUGGCGUUCCUGGAGGGCUGCGCCGCCGGCCUGGCGGGCGCGCUGGCGCCGCGCGGCGCGGGCCAGGAGCCCGCGCGGGCGGCCUCCUCGAACUUCUUCGUGUGCGCGGUGUGUUCCCACCGCAGGUUCUUCGGCUCCGUCGAGCAGCCCGACGGGUGGGGCACCGGGCCGCUGAUCUCCGCCCCGAGGCCGGCGAUGAAGGUGGCGCUCGUGCACGUGGCGCUCCACACGCCUCUGGCUGUGGUGCUCUGGCACCUGCCGGCGCGGCUCCUGGACCACCUGCUCGGAGAGGCGCUCUUCCCGCUGAACCUGGCCUCCGGCGCGCCCUGGACCGGAGACGUCCUGGACGGGCCGCCGCGGCCCCUCGGCCGCGGCGAGGGGCCGCAGCCGCCCGCCGCGCAGGGGCUGCAGCCCCCGGGCCAGGGCUCCCUCUUCACCAUCGAGAUCGUGCAGCUGUACGUGCUCGUGCUGCAGUGCCUGCGCAUCCUCGACGCGCCGCGCGGCACCGCGCGCCUGCUCACCGGCGGCCUCCGCCUGGUGCUGCGCCGCCUCGGCGGCUGGCGGCCCGCCGGGGGCCCGCCCGCCGAGGGGCCGGGGCCCGCGGCGGCGGGGCCCUCCGCGGAGGCGCCGGCCGCCGCGGCGGCGGCGCAGGCUUCCCUAUCCGUGCCAGAGGAGCGCCCCAUGGCAGAUGGCGUCGACGUCUUGCCAGGCAGUAUCACAUCGGCGAAGCUCUCCAAGCAGCUUGCCGAACUACAGAAGAAGUAUGAUACAUUGGUCGGGAGUGGCACUGGUGGCAGUACUAACAAUGCUGGCGGGUCCGUCAGCACAGGUUCGCCACCAGAACAGAGUGAGAGUGAACGUAAAGAACAAGCGAUCCGGGACAACAUCAAGCAGCUGGAGCAGGCCCGCACCGCAGUGGAUAAGGUGCCCAAUUGUGACGAGGCCAAGGCUGUUCUGGAUGCACAGUUGUCCGAAGCGCGCAAGCAGCUAUCGAGCCUCAAGCCUGAGCUUACCGUCCACACUAACAUCGGACAUCGGUUGCAGCGGGCUGAGGCCAAGGUCGAGAAGAUAUCAGCUCAGGUUUCCGAACAGAUCGAUGUGCUUAGGUUGGCUCAAGAGAAGUUGGACAGCCUACAGUCACAACACUUGCUGGCGUCAAAAGAGGUGGAGCAACUACGAGGUGAACUCGUGGCGACACUACCUUCCUCUGUGGCCCAGAAAGAAGUUGGACUCGAUAUGCAGGAUUUGGCGGAGAACGACGAGGAGAAAGCUCAGCUCGAGGCACUCUUCCAGUCUUCCCAUUUCAAGCUCUACCAGGAGGCCCUCUCGAGGAAGGCCAAGGCGAAGCAGAGCAGCUCUCGGGCUGCGACUUCGCCCUUUGAUCAAGACGGAGCGCCGCUCCGUGGCGCUCACGCGCAGAUCGCCGGGCGCGCGCUGGUGCUGUGGCAGCUGCUGUUGGCGGCUGGCACGCUCGUGGGCGCCUCGUGGCUGACGCUGCUGCUGGCGCUGGCGGUGCCCGUGACCGUGGGCCGGUGGCUCGUGCGCUACACGCUCGUUGCGGGGUCGCCGCGCGCGUCCGGCGACUUCCUGCCGCUGAGCCUGGGGGUGGUGAUGUUGUCGAUGGCGAUACUGGCGGUGGUCAAGGCCUGGGAGGCCCUGCGCGCGGUCCUCGCCCACGCGGCGCGUCUGGAGCGCCGCGUGCCCUGGCGGCUCCUCCUCUGCGCGGCGUCCUUCGUGGCGAUCGCGGCCACGGCGCUGGUCCUGAUCCCGCUGGGGCUCGGCAUGCUCACGCUCAGGCUGCUCCUGCCGAUCACCCCUUCCGUGUAUCACUCGCCCAUGGUCUUCCUCAUGACGGACUGCUGGAGCCUCGGCCUCGUCCUGUGCAAGGUGCUCUCCCGCCUGAUCCACACGGGCACCGUCCUGCACGAGCUGCACGAGGAGGCCGUGGUGAUCUGGACGGACGCGCACGGUUCGCUCACGGGCAUAUUCUUCGACCUCAGAGCGCACGGGCGUGCCUGGCGAGGGGUUAUUUUUCCUCUCCUGGAGACGUUGUGGUGUUGUAUUUGGUCUUCCCGUGGGCCGCCGCGAACACGCUGGUCCGGUACGUGUUGCCGGAGCACUGUCUCUGGGUCCAAGCGUUCCUGUUGAUGUAUUGCUACCACAUCGUGCUGGCAGUGCGCGCCUGGUUCGUUGCCUUGCCAAUCGCCAGAGGCUGGCUGGCGACAGUGAGGCAAAGCAUUUUCGAUGCCAAGUAUCUAGUGUCGACAGAGCUUCAGAAUUUUCAUCCAGUAGAAGCUACAGCCCCCUCAUAGCGCGGCACAACAAUAGCGAGAAAUUCGCCUGCCGAUGCUGCAGGCGACUCUUGUAGGUGCUAUGUGCGGGUGUCAACCGUGUCGCCUGCAACGCUGACAGAACAAAGCGACCAAGACUGGGCGGGAGCUGCGUGCGCACCCUCCGCGCACACCUCAGCGGCACGGCAGCAUGCGGCGCACGCGGAUUGCAGAAGCAGACUCGCGGCGCGCCCAGAAGACGAAAGGGUUGUGGCCAGACAGCGCGCUCUCGCCCCGACGCUACGUCGCGGCAGCGCGACAUCUGCCGGAGGUCCGCGCGGAUGCCUUGCAUGGAGCGGCUGCAUGCCCCCCCCUCCCUCCUUGCUCCCCCGGCGGGCGAGAAGCGCCGGGUGCGGCGCCCGGG